AGCGAAUCUGCUGAGUCAACCAGCUAGUGUGUCGAUCCAUCGUUGCUCAGUUGGAGUUUGUACAUCGAAAGGAAACAUUGUAUUACCAGAGAGUGUCGCGAGAGUUGAUAAAAACAAUCGAGAUGAGCAAAUGCAUUUUUGAUUUCAAAAAAUUAAUGCACACAUUCAUCGAAAUCUGUCCCGAUUUUAUGGCCGAGCCGGACUUUAAGACCGCCACCGAGAGUCGCCGCUUCGCCGAGCAAGUGAUCUUCGAGUGCAGCAAGGAGGCGCAUCUUGCCAAGCAUAUGGGCGUGGACAAGACAUGGCGAAUUCGUUUGGACACGCAUAACGCACAAGGCAGGAGGAUCAGCCCUGAGGUGAUCAUUACAGCGCAUGUUAGAAAAACGCCCCCGGUCUAUCAACCAUUUGUGCUCGACGGCUGUCUUAAGCUCACCUUUAAGCAGGCAAGUCUCUUGGCCGUGGCCAAAUAUUGCCAAAUGGUUCCCUAUCUAGUGGAGCGCAAUCAGAUCGUGCUCACGCCCUUUGCCGGCGCCGUGUUUACCCACAAUGAUAUACCCCGACUGGCUUUGGCAUUGGGCGAACCGGUGGAUAAGACGUUGAUGGCAGUGAUCAGCAGUUGCCAAACCGAUGGCUACUUCCUAGAACACAGUCGUUGCUAUAUUGCACUACGUGCACUGCAAAAAACGAUCGUUGAUCGCUCUAUGCGUGCUUCGCUGCUCAUGAAAACCAUGAGAAUGUAUCAGCUACAUGGCAAGGAUUUCGAUUUGCCCAAAUACAUUAUAGUCUGUCGAUUUGUACGCACCGACAGUAAUGCAAACACUUCGUCAUCCGCUGAAUUGGAUUAUCUACUCAAUGAGAUAAUGACAUUAGGUAUUGUCACCGCAUCGGAUCCGGCACCAGCUGUUGCUUCAAAUUCUAAGAAACCAGCUAUGCGAUGCGCUGCAAACUUCAGCAGCAAAGCGACAAAAUGAAGAUGUCAGCUGGAAGUGUCAGCAUAUUUGUUGCGCUGUUGUUGAGCAUAGACAGAAGCAAAGUUAAGUUGCAUUUUUCAAGCACUUUCGUGUUUUUGUAAACAAUAGAGAACUUUUCUGGUUGGUAAACCGCAAAACUUAAGAGCGCUUGCCACAUUUUACUUCUUAAUUUGUACCGACCAUUCGGCUCUCUAUCAAGACCAAGUGUCUACUUUAAUCAAAUAUAAAUUACCUAACAAACGU